AAAAACACAAAAUUAUAUAUUUGUGGUGUUUUGACAACUGUACAUACUUCAGUAACAGUACUUUUUUGACGAUCAGUCAUUGGUCAAACAAUGAACAAUGGAUCACGUUUUAAAAAAAAAAAAGCUGUGGUAAGAGGGUUAACGGUCUGAACAUACGGAUCUAAUCUGGUGGGGAAAAAAUCUAGAGGAAGCUUGAUUAUGAAGUCAAGAAGAGACAGACAGAGAGAGAAAACAUGGCCCAACACAUAUCAGACAAAAACAACCCCAGGCAUGCACCCAGGCAUGUUUAUAGUCUUCCACUGGACCAGCAGGCAGCCUCUAUAGAUGAAGUGGGAGUUGAGAUGUAGUGGGGGUGGGGCUCCACCAGCAACACAUGCCAUGAUAUAACAAGGACAAGUCAGUAUUAAGGGAGGGCUGUAUUCUCCACACUACUGCGUCCUGUUCAUUCACUGAUUCAUUCGGCUGUUGUCACUUGGAGAGGCAUUUUACCAGGCAUUUUAACUUCAACAAAUCAAAAUCACGGAUUAGGAGUAUGAUUUUAGGGCUCAUCACUGAAAAAUCUUUUAUGGAAAAACAAGGAAACCAAUUCAUAGGUGGGACAAAGUUCAGCCAGAGGGAUACCUUUAGAGAAUCCUGAUCUCUAAUAUUUCUGUCCUAAACUGCUCCAAUAAAGAUUUUGGAGGAGCCUCUUGUCCUGUCUGCAUUAAGAAGCCACUCUUCAAUAUACUGAUCGAAAUCAUUCUGGAAAAUGGUUGGAUUUGGACCUGCGGAUGUGCCUCCAUCAGCAGCUGUGAAGUUUGUGGGAGCAGGAACUGCAGGCUGCAUAGCUGACCUGCUCACCUUUCCCCUGGACACAGCCAAAGUGCGGCUGCAGAUCCAAGGAGAGGCCAGAGCUUCCGCAACUACAGGGAAAAAGUCUGCAGUGAAGUAUCGUGGAGUGUUUGGCACCAUCACCACCAUGGUGCGUACAGAGGGGCCCAGGAGCCUUUACAGUGGACUGGUGGCAGGACUCCAAAGGCAGAUGAGCUUCUCCUCUGUGCGCAUUGGUCUCUACGACUCUGUUAAACAGUUCUACACUAAAGGCUCCGAUCAUGUUGGUAUCGGCAGUCGGCUGCUUGCAGGAUCUACCACCGGUGCCAUGGCGGUUGCUUUUGCUCAGCCUACAGAUGUGGUGAAAGUUCGCUUCCAGGCACAGGCCCAGUCUCCUGGGCAUGCCAGACGCUACUGUGGCACCAUUGAUGCUUACAAGACCAUUGCUAAAGAAGAAGGCAUUCGUGGUCUGUGGAAAGGUACAGCUCCAAACAUCGCACGGAAUGCCAUUGUUAACUGCACUGAACUGGUGACAUAUGAUUUUAUCAAAGACACACUCCUUAAGUCCACUCCCCUGACAGAUAACCUGCCCUGCCACUUUGUAUCAGCCUUUGGUGCAGGGUUGUGCACGACAGUGAUUGCCUCUCCAGUUGAUGUGAUCAAGACAAGAUACAUGAACGCUGCUCUUGGCCAGUACAACAGUGUCCUCAAUUGUGCUGCUGCCAUGAUGACCAAAGAGGGGCCGCUUGCAUUUUAUAAGGGGUUCAUGCCAUCUUUCUUACGCCUGGGCUCCUGGAACGUGGUGAUGUUUGUGACCUACGAGCAGCUGAAACGAGCCAUGAUGGCAGCGAAUCACAACUGCACAACUAUACUGUAGUCAUUAUUGUCGGUCAGAAUGCUGAUGUUGCAGCACAGUGGUGUUGUUUUAAAAAAAAAAAAAAUCUUCACUUUUUGUUGCAUCCUAGUGUAUAUUUUAUAUUUCAAGUAUCAACGUUAAACAAAUAGUGUUGACACCUCUAUCUCUCUCUCUCUCUCAUGACCACGUUUAGUCAAAGGAUAGCAACACAUGUAUUAGAAUGUGAUGAAUAUUUAAGCUAGAGCUUGUUUGAUCAGAUGCUUCCUCUCGGCGGAGAGCUUCUCAGGAAACUGGAUGUCAAAAGUAAUGACGAGGUUUCCUCUCUGGGAAGGAUCCUGGGACAGCGGCAUUCCCUCUUCGGUCACCACUUUUUUGUACGCAGGGCUGAUGUGUUGAGACAAACAAAUUAGAGACAGGAACAUGGUAAUUGAUGCAGAUGAUGCACAAACACCAAAAGAUAUCCUUUUAGAAAUGUCUCUGUUUAAGUGUACUGUUUUAUAUAAAGUGCUUGAAUUUGUUA